AUCCUCCUCUCCCACCACCGCGGUCGGGUGCACCACGAGUUUUUCGAAGCACGCCGAGCCGAGAGAGGAGCUCUUCUGCUGGUACGUGAUCAGCUGGGAUAUGGCGAGUUUGGGGCUUCCGUGCGCAGUCAGCUCGGGUUUGCUCCCCGUGGAUCCAGAAGCUGCGCCAAGAGGGUGUAGAGGCUGCCCUUCGCUGCUGGUGCCGGGGACCUCGUCGCUUCCAUGGGAAUUCACUUCUCCUUCAAAAGACGCCGGUGGUGUGCAACACAGAUUCGGCUGAGACGACGAGAAUACCCGGUCCAACUGUUUCUUUUUCCUCUUAAACAUCCAUAACCCCGAUUCCUUUUUGCUGCCCUCCGUGCCCCCGGAACUCCGACGCUCCGAACCCAGUUUAGGACUGAGCCAAGGCUUGGUUUUCUCCUGGAAAUUCUUCCACAUCCUCCGUUGGUAGGAUAGAGACUCUUGUCCUUUGGCGCUGCUCUCAUGCUUAGGUGAUUUCUGCUCCAUGGUGCUUGUGCAGCAUCCAGCCAGCCUGAGCACACUCUGAACAGUGGAAGGAUGUCACUGUUGGGCUGCUGCCGUUCCAGAGCACUUCCACUGAUGAUCAGGUUUAGAGCGCCAAGAAGGAGACGCACAAUGUGAUGAUGGAGGGGGUGUUGGUCUUCCAACUAGCGUUGUAAAAUGCCUGCAUGCAGCACCGUAAAUUGCAUGCCUUGCACAGUGCAGCACGUCGGAUAGACAGCAAGUAAUAGCCCCAUCUGUUGAAGAUGAAUCUAAGAUCAGUUGUGAAGUUGGAACACAUGCAGUGAUACCUAAAAAAUGAUGAAAGGUGAUGCUCCGGGUGGUUGUUGCGUACCUACUUGGUCCACUGUGCUUUACAAGGGUUAAGUCAAACUUCCACAGUAAUUGUUCUAUUCAAAUGAAGACUGCACCACGCCUCCCUCUGGCCAACCAUGUCACUGGAUGCUGGUAGUGAUUGCAUAACACAACCCCACAAUGCCUCGUGGAGAUGUUUAUAAUUCUACUAUGUCACCCCCAUCUGAGUGUAUCUCUUUGUAGCUAGUGCUUGGUGUUAUUCAGGCUCUAGAUUUGCUCUUCCAAAGCAUUGACCUUGAUAAUGCCAGGGCAGACAGUGAGUCUAGUGAAACCUCAGAGUUUUGAAAGACUUGUGUGUGGAUGUUCUUUCACUGUGAACGUUAUCACCCACAUGCAGCAGCGAGCACGCAGCACUGAACAGCCUCUUCUCUUUUUAGAUGCUGUGCUGCUGCGCUGCAAUCAUUCAUUACGUUUUCCCCUCUGGCCAUUGUUUCAAUGCAGGACUAUUCUGUGCCCCUGGUUAAUAUUGUUCCCACUGUCACUUAAACAAACAAACAGAGACAAUAGAAUAGAUAAUUACCAGAAUAAAUUCUUCUCUCUGUUUAAGCCUUCCACAUGUACGCAUCCGAAAAAGGUCACAGAAUGACCUUUUAUCUGCAAACAGGUCUGAUGUAAAACAGAGUAAGGGAGAGUUAUGCUGCUUGCAUGGUCAUUUAUUCAUGCGACACACACUAAUAUGACCUUGGUAUCACUUGUAGGAGUGAUGAUGGAGGUGUCAUUGGUGCUAAUAAUGCCUUCUGUUGCAAGCGCUUGGCCUUGACCCUUUUAAUAAUUAAAAAAUGAUAAUCAGCUUUCAAUGUUGUCUGAUGAUUUAGGGCAACAAUGACCUACAGUACAUUAUAUUACUUGACAUUUAGUCGGGUCUUUAAGUAAUCAGGUUGUUUAUCAAACCUUGGAUGAGCAUCCAAUAAUGACUUUUGUUGCGGCCUGGGAUCAGCCAUCCUUCCUGCAAAAUGAAACACUUUAAUUACCACCAGGAGGGCACUGGCAGCAACCGUGGGCUGCCCUCUCUCAGUGAAGUAGAUGGAGACGUGAGAAUGGGAGCCAAACAAUUCCUGUGAGCUACCAUCGGCUUUCUCGAUAACUGAUGAGUCUGCAUUGAGCAGGCGUUUCCUCUUAAUAAGCCUGGACCUGUUGAUAAGAGACUCUGUAGUGUGUGUGGCUGUGCACACACAAAGCACUCUGCAACUGACACAAACAAUUAAAAACUCAAUGAAUCAUGUCCACUGUCUGCCUUUGCAUUAAAUAUAAUGCAGUGGCACAAUACAGCUUAAGUCGCACUGUAUUAUAAGUAUAUAGGUCAGGUUUUGUGCACUGUUUUGCCUCUCAGAAUAAGAGUAAAGCUCAACAUACAGUAAAUAUGUAAUUAUAUUGUGUGCAAUAAAACACUAGGCAGUAAGGAUGAAGCAAUUUAGCAAUGUUUUCCUUAUAGUACUCCCAGUUCCCAGUUCGAAUAAUUACAUUUUCUUUCUUACAGCCUCAGCAAGAGUAAUUGGAGCUGUAUAGUAUGACCUCUUAUUGCAGGCAAUUGAUUUAUUUAAAAUAAAUACUCAAACAACUUUAGGAGAGUUUUUGGUAUGGCUUAAAUUCAGCCAAAAGGAAAGGAGCACCCAAUAAGGGCUGGAUGGUAGUAUUACAUUGACAAACACAAUGCCUUAAUUACUGAAACAUAAACCUUUAAUGAGUAUUAGUGUAUCAUGAUCAGGAUAACUCCAGGAUGCCAAUUAAAGUUAGACACCAAAUUAAAUCAAAAUGUUACAUAACAGUUUAGCAGCUUAUCAGAAUUGAAUAAACAGUGAACUGUGAUUACUAAGUCAGGAACUGGAACACCAUCAGGAUUUUAGAUUUUGACAUCUAUAAAGUAAUUAUCCAUCCAUGUCAAAAAUACAAACAGGUGCCUUGGUACAUUUCAGUUCAAGGUUCUGUAAAAGUGCUAUUCAUACAUGACUGUUACAAAACUUAACUCAAUGUUAUUGUUUCCUGAGUUAAUAGAGUCAGUGAUUCUGAUCCGAUGCUCUUUUAGUUGAAAUCAGUGAAUAUCUCCUCACAGUCUGCUGCUGCAAAGGCUGUUAUGUGUGCUGAAUAAAAGUGUUUGUUCAAAGCCCUGGCUUCGCAAAUCAGGUAGAGAGGUUACUCAUGCUCGUGCACAGGACAGGGGAAAGGCCAUUGAUGUAUGAAGAGAAAGGCAGUGGGAGUGAGAGGGAUGAUAAAUAUCAUUUUUGGGCACGCCUCACUCAUGGAGACGGCAGUUACCAAGACACAACACAAACACCACAAGAACCGGCUGAAGUAAAAAGCAAAGGGCUAUAAGAACAAUGUCACGCAAGUUGCAGCCCUACCAAAAGCCCGGAAGUCUGAGCGGUCAGGAGAGGACACUGGCUGUGCUGCUAGAACAGGCUUUCAGGAUCAGAGAGGAAGUGGCAGCAGGUCUGCAGUCGGCCCAGGGCUCCCUCCAGGUCGAGACACUGUCCCGCAAGCUGCUGGAGAAUCACAUACUGACCAUAACACGCAUCGUCAAGCAGCUUAGCAUGGACAUACAGGCCCUUGAAAGACAGAUCAACCAACAGGUCUCCAUCACCUCUGAAACCACUAUGGCCCUUCAAAACCUGGACCAGAAGAACAUGGCUGACAUUGGAGACCUGAGAGGAAGAGUGACCAGGUGUGAUGCCGCCAUCUGCAAGCUUAGUGCUGAUGUGAGCUCUGGGGAGCGGUGGCUGAUUAGACUGCAGCAUGAGGUGGCAGAGCUCCGGUCAGCCAUGGACAAACGGCUCAAAGAGAUGGAAGUCAAAAUUUAUUAUGACCUUGGAAAGCUGGAAGCCUCAUCGUCAAAGCAUACCCAGAACCAAAAGAGCUCCAUGGCUGAUCUGCAACUUAAACUACUUGAUGACAGGAUUUCAGGUGAACUGAAGGGAGCCAAGGAGCAGACGGAUUCUUUAAGGAAGUGGACAGAACAACAGCUCAAUAGUUUGGCCCGGACUCAUGCGGAUCAAAGCCAGGAGCACCGCACAAAACUGCAGGACAAAACGUUUGAGUCUAGAUUAGCUGCGCAGGUACGUGCUCUGGAGGCCCAGGUGGAGCAGUUUGAGGCCCAGCAGGAUCAUGCAGACCGUCGUCAGUCAGAUCAUCUGAAACACUCUGAAACAAAACUGAGUAAGAGAAUGACCUCAGUGGAGAGCAGCCUUCAUCAGGAGCUGCAGCUGCUCAAACAGGAAUACCACAAAGGUUUCCUCUCAGUGCAUGAUGCCAUUGAGUCCCUGAGGCAGAUAGGUGACAUCAAAUCCCGCCUUACCAAGGAGAAGCUACAGAAGGAUAUCAGGCACGUCUGCAGCAAGGUGGCAGAGCUCAAUGACUCAUGACUUUAUCAACUGAAGAGGAACUCAAAUUUUACCGUUGUAUCUAUACUUCAGCACAGUUGUUUUAAAGUUUAACACCUUGCCAGUUAGUGAGUGUUAACUGUUAUCGCAAUGGUUUACACUUCUUAUUUAAGAGUCCUCAGCUACUUGUGCUAUUGUAACAUGUAAUUGAAUCAGCCUUGACAUAAAUGAUCACGUAAAUUGUGUUUUCAUUUAAAGUAGAACAUCUUUUUAUGUCUUUGAAAAGCUAGCUAGCAUGACAGACAUGCUAACGACAAUUAAUUGUGUUUACCGAUAUUCAUACAAGAUGAUAAAACUAUUGUGACAGACAGUUUUUCUCCAAAACAUUUUUGUAAUUACAAUGAUUCAACCUUUAUUGUUCUUUUUGUAGUUUUUGUCAAGUAAUACGAUUAAUAAGAAGCAUGUUUAUCAUUAAUGAAGUCUACAGCCUUCACUUAUCCUGGACACUUAUCGAGGUAAAAUCAAAGUUUUUUGUUAGUUUAAUAAAUGUGUUGAGUUGAAUAAGAAUCAAGUUUAGUUUAUUGCCAGGUAUGUUUACAUGGAAUUUGUUUUUGUGUAUGAUGGUUCAAACAGUAUUUACACCAAAUUAAAUAAAGAUUUUUUUUUUUUAAACUUCAUAUAUGCCAAUCACUUCAUGCAUGGGGGCAUUUUAUGCAAGUAUUGACUUUUGUUGAAAC